GUGUUGUGCAAAAUAAAUAAAAUCUCUAUGUUCGUGAAUUUCUCUCAAAAGUGUGUAGAAAUGAAAAAAUUGAGGUUAUGCAAAAAUGGAGGAUAAUUGACAGCUGGCUUUUGUGAUUAUUACAAAUUUUCUUGAAAUCUAAAUUCAAACUCUCGUAAUGUGACACAUUUUCCACGAAAACAAUAUUACUUAUGUUAGCUUAGGAUGAUUGGAUUGUGGUCUUGGCGACCAAGUUGGCUCGGGAAACUUGGUUUAAUGUUACUUACUGCAUGGCUUAUAGUGCUCAUUGUAUCAGUUUCCCAAGUGUACAAAACCAGUUCAUCAACUUCACUUAGUGAUUCUGUUAAUAGGCAAAAUGGUCAACGACUAAAACAAAUGGCUAGCGAUUUUGAAAUACUUAAAAAACAAAAUGAAGCUCUUCGAAAUAUCAUUAUGGGAGACGAAGUAAAAUCAAUGAAAGGGGAUCAUUUAGGUUCGAUUUUAGAUCAAUUAGAAAAAGCAUCUAUUUAUCCUGAUCCUGUAGAAGGUCAUGGUAAACCUUCAUUUGAAUAUGAGGAAUUGAAGAGACGCAUACGAAAUAAUAUUCAAGAAAUGUGGUAUUACAUUAAUGCAGAAUUAAAUAAAAUUAAAAAGCACGGAAACGAAUUGACUUUCGAGCAACGUGAUAGUGAAUUGCAAAAUGCAAUAAACAAUGUAUGGGAACAUAAAAAAUCUCUUUUAAUAAAUGUAGAUAGAUUAACUAAAGCCGAUGGACAUGACAAUUGGCGUGAAAAUGAAUCGAAAGAAUUAUCUGAUCUCGUUCAAAGACGAUUCACGUAUCUUCAAAAUCCAAAAGAUUGUAAUAAAGCAAAAAAGUUAAUAUGUAACUUAAACAAAGGCUGUGGAUUUGGUUGUCAGAUUCAUCACGUAGUCUACUGCUUUUUGGUAGCGUUCGGUACAGAAAGGACAAUGAUUUUGAAAUCAAAAAAUUGGCGAUAUCACAAGGAAGGAUGGGAUUCAAUUUUUAAGCCCCUUAGUGAGACGUGUUUAUCAACAAGUGGUGAAUCAUACGCUAAUUGGCCAGGAGAUGCCAAUGUACAAGUAAUUUCUUUACCAAUUGUUGACAAUGUUCAUCCUAAACCGCAAUAUCAACCACCAGGAAUUCCUGCCGAUUUGGCACCACGUUUAGAGAAACUUCAUGGUCAUCCUCUUGUUUGGUGGGUUGGUCAAGUUUUAAAAUUUCUCAUGAGGCCGCAGGAUGAUAUCAGUAAAAUUUUGGAGGAUGCUAAAGAAAAACUUGGAUUCAGAAAACCAAUCGUUGGUAUUCACGUACGGCGAACCGACAAAGUAGGUAGUGAAGCUGAUUUUCACGAUAUUGACGAAUAUAUGACAAAAGUCCAACAAUAUUUCGAUAGUUUGGAAGAGGAACCAGAUGUGAGAAGAGUUUUUAUAGCGAGCGAUGAUCCUAAAGUUAUUCCAGCAACCAGAAAGCGUUAUCCAGCUUAUGAAAUAAUUGGUGAUCCAGCAAUUGCUGAAACCGCUUCUGUAUCACGACGUUAUUCUGAGGUUUCAUUGCACGGAAUACUGAUAGAUAUUCAUCUUCUUUCGUUGAGUGAUUUUCUCGUGUGUACAUUCAGUUCACAAGUGUGUCGUGUUGCUUAUGAAUUAAUGCAAACAUAUUAUGUUGAUGCGUAUAAUCGAUUCACAUCCCUCGACGAUGUUUAUUAUUAUGGUGGACAAAAUUCGCAUCCCAGUAUUGCAAUUUUAGAUCAUAAGCCUAGGAAGGCUGAUGAAAUUGAAUUGAAAAUCGGUGAUCUAGUCGAAGUGCUUGGAAACCAUUGGAACGGUUUUUCAAAAGCUCGCAAUUUACGAACCAAUUCAAAGGGUUUGUAUCCUAGCUUUAAAGUAGUUAAUCGAGUAAAGAAAGUAGACUUUCCCAAGUAUUCAAAUGUGCCCUUACGUGAAAUUUAACUGUAAUGGUAAAUUUCUUGUAGAGAAAAGAUUGAUACGUUAAAUUUAAUUUAUUUAAUUAGCUACCCGUAUAUGUUAUAGAUUAACAAUCAAUAGUUCUUUGUUGUGAUGUUUUUUUUUUUUAAUGAUUAAUGUGAGAAAUUAUUUUAAUUUUUUUCGAUAUAUGUUGAAAAAUAAUACAUUGUUCUUAAAUCUUCCGAUACAGUAUGUUGUGUAACAUAAUGUAUUUUCUACUAUCUCAAAUAUUUUUGUAAGAAACAAUUAUAUAUAUAUAUACAUGUAUUUUUGCUUAGAAAAGAAAAUUAAUUUUUUUUCUGUAAGCUCGUGUGACGUGGGUAUGUGCAAAAAAGAAAAACGAAAUAUAUGUAAUAAUGGAUUUAGAUUUUUAAUUAUUUUUAAGAUUUUGUUAUCGGUAUUUGAUGUUUUGAAAAUAUUGAUUUAAUAUGUGAAUUUAGUUGUCCAAAGAUUUCAUGAUUUAUAUAUUUGUAGAAAGUUAAAUGCCGUUAAAAAAAAAAAAAAUUAUACAGACUUGUAAAAUCUAAACAGACUGAAGUAUGUAAAAUUCUGAUAAAAUCGUAAAAAAUGCCAAUAUUCUCAUUUUUCUUAAUAAUUGUAUAGUUGCUAAAAGUAAUAGUCCAAAAAAGGUCAAAUAUAAUGUCUUUUAAAUGUAGAAAUAUGAAGAAGGAAUCGAUAAUUUUUUUUAUUAUAUUCGAGUAUAUUAAGUAUAAUCCGAGUAAAUAAUAUUUGCAAUAUUAUACAUUAAUUAUUUAUAAUAAUAAUAAUAAUAUUAUUAGUAUUACUUAUGCAUUUCAUUAAUUAGUUUUUAAUAUGAAAUUUUAACUUAAAAAUAUUUUAAUGAUCGAAAUUUUCACCGAUUCCUUCUUCUUAAUGUAUGUUUAUAAAACUAUGAGCUUUUUGAAAAUUUCAUUGUAGAAAUCAUAUAUCUUUGCCAUUAAUUAGUAUAGAAAAAGUGGAUUU